GGCGAGUAUUGGGUGUAAACACCAGCUGCAGGCACUCUACAUCCGGAUAGUGUCGCCUUUCCCAGAGCUGGAACAGUUCAUUCAGGACACCUGCAGGAGGUACAACCUGCAGCUCUACACCGUGUGCGGGAACAUCAAGGAGGCGCUGACGGACCUGAAGGUGCGCCACCCUCACAUCAAGGCCGUGCUGAUGGGCACCCGGCGCGAUGACCCCUACUCCCAGACCCUGAACCCUAUGUGUCCGACUGACCCAGGCUGGCCCGAGUACAUGAGGGUGAAUCCACUGCUGGACUGGAGUUACCACGACAUCUGGGAGUUCCUACGUACCCUCUACAUCCCGUACUGCAUCCUCUAUGACAAAGGCUACACCUCCCUGGGCAGCAUGGACAACACCAGAAAGAACCCCAAUCUGCGCUACGUGACGGGGCUGGGCCAGGAGUGCUACCGUCCCGCCUACCAGCUGGAGAAGGAGGCUGAGGAGCGAAUGUCGCGAACGUAACUCAAUGCAGAUCCUCACUGGGUGGUCACUGUCCUCCACGCUGGAUUUCCCACCGGCUCCCCUCACCUCCACCUCCUCCUCUCUGCCCUCCAACACUGUCCCUUCCUUCCUCCCUCACACCUCCAUCUCCCCACCUCCUCAUCUCCUCCUCCAACACUGCCCCUUUCCUCCCCUUCCUUUUCCUCACCCCUCACUACCUUCCCCUCCCUUUGCCUUCCUUCGCCUUACCUCUGCUCUCCCUGAGCCCCCCCAACUCUCCCUCUAUGCUUACUCCCUCUGACCCUCUCACUUCCUCCCCCACUUUCCUCUCUCCCCCUCCCCCCUCCCACUCUCCUCCUCACUCCCCCUCACCCAUCACGCCCCUGCUCUCCCCAUUCCGUGUUCAGGGCUGAACCCAGUAACCCUGCCCUGAUAUUUGCAGUUAGGGGUCUGACAGUAAGUCCCAUACUAGCCCCAUCCCAUGGGGAGACGGGAUGCUGGGGUGACUUCGGGCUGUUGAACUGUAGUGGGCUCCACCUAAGCCGUUCCUGGCCUAGACAAAACACUACAGCACAGGCCCUUUGGCCCAUCUAGUCCUUGCUAAACCAGUGAUCUGCCAAGUCCCAUCAACCUGCCCUUCAAACCCCUUUCAUCUGUAUACUGAUCCAAAUUUCUCUUAAACGUUGAAAUUGAUGCCAAAUCCACCACUUGUGCUGGCAGCUCAUUCCACACUCUCUGAGUGAAGAAGUUCCCUUUCAUUUUCCCUUAAACACAAGACCUUUCACCCUUAACCCAUGACCUCUUAUUGUAGCCUCACUCAACCUCAGUGGAAAAAUCCUGCUGUCAUUUACCCUCGCUACAAAUUGUGUAUCAAAUCUCCCCUCAAUCUUCUGUGUUCCAGGGAAUAAAGUCUUAACUUCUUCAGCUUUACCCUAAAAUUGAGGCCUUCAAGUCCUUAUAAAUCUUCUCUGUACCCUUUCAAUCUUACUUACAUCUUUCCUGUAGUUAGGUGACCAAAACAGCACACAAUCCUCCAAAUUAAACCUCGUCGAUUUCAACAUAACAUCCCAAUUUCUGUGCUCAGUGCAUUUAUGGAAGCCAGUGUGCCAAAAGCUUUCUUCACGACCCUGUCCACCUGUGGUGCCAUUUUCAAGGAAUUAUGGAUCUGUAUUCCCAGAUCUCUGUGUUCCACCACACUCCACAGUGCCCUACCACUCCUCCCAAAGAGCAAAACCUCACACCUGUCUGCAUCCAAUUCUAUCUGCCAUUUUUCAGCCCAUUUUUCCAGAUCCCACUGCAAGCUUUGAUAAUCUUCCUCACUAUCUAGCUAACCACAUUAUCAUCCAGAUUGUUGACAUAGACGUAAAACAACAAUGAACCCAGCACCGAUCCCUGUGGCACACCGCUAGUCACAGGCCUCCACUCAGAGAGACGACCAUCUGCUACCACCCUCUGGCUUCUUCUGUGAAGCUACUGUCUAAUCCAAUUUACUACCUCAUCUUGAAUACGUCAGCUGAACCUUCUUGACCAACCUCACGCUCUGUCACAUCUACAACACAGAACUCAGAACAUCGAGCUGCCAGUCCUGUCCCUCCUGCAACCAAGAUUUACUAAUGGCUGCGUCCAGACUCCGGGCAGGUGAGUCUGAGACCUCGGGCAUUAGGAUAGGAUUCCAAUUCUGGGGCCAGACACUCUCCUCAUGGCUCAAGAAAGCAAGGAUGUUACCCUCUUCCUGACUCUGGGCAAAUCCCCUCACUGCCCUUCGAGGGGGUGGGGCCUCACCCCAGCUUGAGCCAUUGCAGUCCGUUCAGGGAAGGGAGGGAGUUCCAAGUUCCCGAUCUGACGGCGGUGAAGGAACUGCUGACAUGAUAACGAGUCGGGAUGGCAGAGGAGGACCCUGCAAAUGGUGGUGUUUCCCUCGGCAAGGAAGAUGGCUGGAUCAGGGGAGACAAGUGACUGUGGUGUGUUUUCUAAGGGUUGUUUAGAGGCGGAGGGGAGGAGGGAGGUGUCGAACCUCUGAGAGUUGUUGGAGCCAACACACCCAGGAAGUGGAGAGUCUUGUGAUCUAUGCCUUAUAAACAGGAGAAAGUCCUUGGCUCUCAGGAGGUGGAUCACGCUGCCAGGUACAAUACACCUGGGAGGUCCUGUGAUAUUAGGAGGGGAGCCCCAGGAAUUUAACUGCUUAUGUCAAAAAUUCACUCAUUAAUUCCCAAAUUCUAUUGAAAAUCCGUGUGAACAUUAGCAGAGCCAACUUCAGCAGAGGUGAUCCGACUAGAGACAUAGUUUGUCUAUGUUAGUGGCCACUUUAUUAGGUACACCUGCUCGUUAAUGCAAAUAUCACGUCAGCCAAUCAUGUGGCAGCAACUCAAUGCAUAAAAGCAUGCGGACUUGGUCAAGAGGUUCCGUUGCUGUUCAGACCAAACAUCAGAAUGUGGAAGAAAUGUGAUCUUUGUGGCUUUGAAUGUGGAUUGGUUGUUGGUGCCAGAUGGGGUGGUUUGAGUAUCUCAGAAACUGCUGAUCUCCUGGGAUUUUCACGCGCAAAGACUCUACAGUUUACAGAAAAAAACAUCCAGUGAGUGGCAGUUCUGUGGGUGAAAACACCUCGUUAAUGAGAGAGGUCAGAUUCGUUCGAGCUGACAGGAAGGGGACAGUAACUCAAAUAACCACCCGUUAUGACAGAGCAUCUCUGAACGCUCAACACGUUGAAAGUUGAAGUGGAUGAGCUGCAGCAGCAGAAAACCACACCGGGUUCCUCUCCUGUGCCUAACACAGUGGCCACUGAGUGGAUGUCUGGAAGGUACAUUUGAGGUGUGUUUAAAUGUUCAGCGCUGAUUCAUGACAAAGUCAACUUUAUAAUUGUAUUUAAUCAAUGUCCACUUUGUAAUUGUAUUUAAUAUGAUCACAGUAUAUUCAGUUAAAGACUGCUGUAAUUUUGUGUUUGUCUUUCUGUCUGUAAAUACCGUCGAUACCCCUGGUGCCAAAGGGAGACAGGUUGUCUGAAAUCCCCUCAGUGGUUUUAUCCCUGCUCCAAGUUCAAUUUUAUGGCUCCACUCAUCCCUAAUUCUUAGUCAAAGUGUUGUGUGUUUCACUCCCUUUGCAGAGAUUUGAGCCGCGUGGAGGGAGUUUCACUCUGUGUCUGACCCUGGGAGUGUGUGAUGGGACGGUGUAGAGGGAGUUACACUCUGUGCCUGACCCCGGGAGUGUGUGAGGGGACAGUGUGGAAGGAGUUUCACUCUGUGUCUGACCCCUGUAGUGUGUGAUGUGACGGUGUGGAGGGAGUUUCACUCUGUGUCUGACCCCGGAAGUGUGUGAUGGGACGGUGUGGAGGGAGUUUCACUCUGUGUCUGACCCCAGGAGUGUGUG